CCGCUUACUUACCAGUAACUGAAAGAAAGGCACUCCGCCGGUUGUUGAAAUCACUCCAAUUCUCCACAGAAAACUCUAAUACAGAUAAGCAUGCAAGAGAUGUUAAGAUGCACAGACGUAUGAUCGUUCAAGGUGACUUUCUGAGGAGGUAUAUCACCAUCCAGAGAUCAUAUUAGAGCAUAUAUACAUAACACAAUGGCGACCAUAGGAGAUUACAUCUUUUUGAUCAUAUGCCUGGCCAUCGUUGGAGGGAUCGUAUAUGCGGUCAAAGGAUCGUCCAUGAACGAAAGUAUACAGAAGCAACGUCAAUCCAUGAAGGAUAAAGGUUUUCAUAUAAGUUCAGACGGUCUGCAUGUCAAAACAAAUAGAGUCAAAUUGACAAGGGAAGAAGAAGUGAACAAAGCACAAGCCAGUUGGGCCAAAAGUGGAGAUGUGAUGAAGAAACACAAGGAUGCAUUCAAGUUUAAUGCUGGUACAGGAUAUCAAGAACCUGAUCCGAAGAAGAAGUGAUUGAAACAACAAUGCUUUCUGCGAAUUCAUGCUUUUCUCUGCACAUCUGCUCUCAUCAUUUGUAUACUAUUGUAUCCUUGCCCCGGUCAUUGCUGAUAACUGUUAUAUCGUAUCGUGAUCAGAUUCAGUUCUAUUUCAGAUUAGCACCCGUGACCAUAUAUCCCUUCAUUACCUGAUUGCCAUGUAACGGGUGUGCCAUACCGAAAUGAUUCAAAUGUCGCAGAGUGCAGCAAGUACACCACGCAUCAGCCGGGUUUAGCCCUUGAG